CUUCACACCAGAGGCAGAGGUAUGAAGUGCAGAUCGGUGGGCUCCACUUCAAACAUUUUGCACACCACGACCGCGCUGCAGGAGGUCUCUGCAACACUGCUCUGCAAUGAUCUCAUUUGAUACAGCAGAGAAGAAGGUUACAGGUGGGGCGUGGUUUGAUAUCUCACUCAAUUAUCUCCUAGCAGGCUUCAGCAAACAUCACAAAGACUCGUUUAGGAGCUAUUGUCAUCUGCAAGAUUAAAAUGGACCAAAAGUGGAUUCAUAUUCUGGCGAUUCUGGUGUUUUGUCUAAAGAUUACUUCAGGAGCCGGUGAGGACAAAGCCACAACGGAGGGGCAGCUGGUUGAAAUCCAUUGUCAGUCUGGCACAGGCACCAUGAUCAUCUGGUUUCGAGUGUUGGACAAAACUGGCAUGGAAUUCAUUGGGUCUUUCAGCAACAAUGGCGUUCUAAAGUCAACCUCAUUAUCUAACAUCUACAGGCAAACAAAGAUUAAUCAGAACAUCCUGAUACUGCAGUCAUUCAACAAAAGCCGUGACAGCGGCAUUUACAGCUGUGCGUCUCUUUACAAAGGCAAUGAACUAAGAUUCGGCAAAAUAACUCGACUGUUUGGAGAAAAAGCUAAAGUACCACAGGGAGCACAAGUGCCCACCAUCAAACCAACUCUAUGCACAACUGCAGCUACCACGCCAUGUGUGUGUAACAAGAAGGAAGAGCAAACCAAUCCUGACAUGUACUGUCCUCCACUCAUACUGGGCCCACUGGCCGGUGGAUGCGGCCUUCUUCUUCUACUCCUCAUCAUUACCACCCUGUACUGCAAUAAAAUAAGAACACGGAGAUGCCCCCAUCAUUACAAAAGAAAGCCGCGGACGAUGGCUCCUGGAAAACAAAUGAUGACACACAGACACGUUUAAUGUAAAUGGUGCCAUUUUACAGACGCUUCUUCAAACUGCAAUUAUUUUACAGUGAUGUCUUUUCAUCUCGUUUACAGUUUAAUGACAUUCACGUUAAAUAUUUUACUGCCAACUUAAACAGUUUUAAUUGUUCAUGAUAGAAAAGAAAGCGUUUAAAGGGGAUUAAGAAUUCAACGCGUGGAAUAUGUUCAAAGCUCUUUGUCUCAUUGUCAACAUCCAGUUUUAGCUGCAUUGUGGUUUGAUGGGUGCGCCAUAACAUUCAGACUGAACUCUUUUAAUGAAAUAAUGUGGUAUGAAAGGUCUAUUCAUCUAGUCCCCUUGAAUGUUAAUAAUAGAAACCACUGACAACCUGAGAAUAUUAGAAGUCAGAUUUAUUUGUGUGCAAAAAAUGUAUUUAAUUUUGCUUUUGUAUAGAUUUCAUCUUCAUAUACAACCUGUUCUUUUGACAGAGCAUUUUUAAAGCAUUUACUUUCUCAGCAUUGUGCCCCUACAUUGAUUUUUACCUACUUACUGUACUUAACUUGCUUUUAGUUUGAAAAAAAUGCAGCGGGAGGAUAACUUCAAAUGUUGAACAUUCUUUAAUUUCUUUUUUUUUAUGUAAGAUUUUGAUUAGUUUUUUUUAUUUCUCCAGAGUAGCAAAUGUGUUUUUUUAUUUUUUUCAUUUUGUAAAAUUGGAUGUACAAUAUUGUAGAGUUAUCUGAAUUUAUAUAAAUAAAUAAAAUAUAAUACCA